UGAUUUUGCGUACUUCCAAGCUUCUGAAACGCCUUCUUCGUCACCGUUUCCGUCGCCCCCCGGUGACCAGUAUACGCCCGAACCCGAACGAUCCGUUCGCCCAUAUGUGUCCGUUUAAUUCUACCGAUUUCUUUAAGCCAAUCCGAUCCAUUCAUCUUGCAAUUUUCUCCUACACUAGCCUGGCCGCCCGUAUUCUGUGUGUGUUCUCAGUGGUUCUAAGUACUGUGCGUAGCAGUGUAUUCACGUGAACAACCCAUCGUGAAGCAAGCCCCCGAUGAAGUAGGUAGAACGCCAUGGUGCGGGUAGCCGUUAUCGGCUGCGGUGGACUCGGCGCGAACGUAGCUGGAGAGCUGGCAUUCCACGGACACGAGGUGCGUACGUAUGACUCGUCUAGCGUGGCCCUCGACCGACUGCAGCCUCGGCUAGCGGAAGAUCGCAAGGCCCUCAGAGAGUGCGGCAUCCUCGCUCAGCCAGCUUUCGUCGGAGCUGUCUUCUGCAUGAGUCGCCUUCAAGAAGCAUUGAAAGGAGCGGAAAUUGUGGUGGAGUGCAUCAACGAUGACGUGGGAGCGAAAGCGGAGCUCAUGGAGGUUGUGUCCCGCAAUUGCAGCCCAAACAGCGUCUUGGCUUCUAGCAGCUUGCGUGUCGACGUUGAAGCUAUCUUUGAGCGCGCUGUGUAUCCCGAACGUUGCCUCGGCAUGCGUUUCCUUUUCCCAGUCUAUGCCAUUCCUGAGGUGGAGUUACAACUGUGUGCGGCCACCUCAACUGCAACUCUCAACCGUGUGCGUGUCUUCUUGGAACGAAUGGGUAAGACCUGUUUUCUUCGUGCUGGUCCGGAGCCUCUUAUUCUGACCGACGUGGAGAGAGAAGCUCGGCGGACCAGGGCGCUUCAAUCAACGUCGCGCUCACGAAGGUUUCCCGUCGUUCCGCGCUGCACCCUACCGGACUUACCGAAUCAGGACACUUUAUGCCGGACACUGACGGCUGAACUUGAAGCAUCUGGAGGGGGAGCAUCGAGCAGUGCUGGAGGCAUUGGACGCGAGAGAGACUGCGUCGUUUGCAUGGACGAAGAGCGCAACUGUGUUCUGCACCCGUGUCACCACCUGUGCACGUGCGCUCAGUGUGGACGGAUGCUGUUGAAGCGUCAGGACGCCUGUCCCGUUUGUCGAAGGCACAUUGCUUCCAUCUUCCGUGUCUUUCACUCGUGAUGCGCAGAAUCUUUGACAUUCCGCCGAUAGGCCUAUAACUGUCUCACAGAAUUCCUCACAAGCAAUGUGAACUCUAAAGGGGCGCUAAAGCUCUCUUUCUCAAGACAAUGGAAGGCUGGCUCUCAUUGGUCUACUCAAACGAUAUCCCGCGAUGACUGGGCAAAUCAUUUGGAGAUAUACCACUUAUUUAUAGUGCCCUGUGAAGUCGGCCCAGGACGCAGGAACCCUGUUGGGAUUUGAGACUUGAUGACGGCCCGUGCUUUCAUAAGUAGUCUACGACAGCUAUACGACUGUUUGGUGGAGGAAGGCAGGCGGCGUUGCAGAGCGGAGAAGAGCUCUGGAGGAGGCAUAGAAAUCUGGGGAAUAUGGGCGCCAAGAGCUGGGCUUUGCCUUGCAAGUCAAUAAAUCUUGUUGCAUUCCAGA